UGGUGGCGGCUGUUGUAUGGUAGGGGUGAAACAGCUGGUGGACGUCACGGUGGUGCGCUUGCCCGUGUUGCCGACCUGUCACUGAUAUGCUUUGCUGUGCUGUUCUGUGCAAAUACCUAAGUGCACCGGAAAAAAGCCUGAUUUUAUUUACUGUGUUGACAGUUUUAAAUUUUACCCUAGUGUCAGAUAUGUUAUAAAGUAGACAAUGUUUGCAGAAGGAGUGAUAGAGGAGAAGAGGGACUAUGUGACCCUGUCUCUACCAGCACUACAACAAACUACUACCACACCUUCUCGUUCAUGGCGCCGACGGUGGAAUCAGCUGCCUCGUCUGCAGCGAGUUGUAUUUUUGAUGCUGGGUGUGGCAGCUGUGGUGGCCCUCACUUAUGGCAUUGCCAGUCAUGCUGAACCUUCUACAACUCCUGCUGCUUCUCACUCAAAUGAUCAGCAUGAAAAUAACUUGACACCACCUCCACUGAUGCCACAUCCACCUGAUGACCCACAAGAGAAGAGAAUAGAAAGAGAAGCUGAAAAUGAAGAUAUACCCAAAAAGGAUGAAGAAAUGAGAGAUGGAAGAGAUCAGAUUGUUCCUCCCCCAGGACUACCACAAAAAAGAAAUGAAAGACAAGAAGCUGUAGUGGCAGCCAUGAAACAUGCCUGGAAAGGUUACAAGACCUAUGCUUGGGGUCAUGAUCACCUCAAACCAAUGUCAAGAACGCGAAACGAUUGGUUAAGGCUCGGUCUCACGCUCAUAGAUGCUCUUGAUACCCUGUGGAUCAUGGACCUUAAGGAAGAGUUCAGUGAGGCCCAGGGUGGAGUGUCAACUCAACUUCACUUCAACUUGAACCAAGAUGUCAACCUGUUUGAGACCACCAUUCGGGUGUUGGGUGGUCUACUCAUAUCACCUCACCAAGAACAAAUUUUCCUAGAUAAAGUAGACCUGGGAGAAUCGACUAGUUUACUGGAUUCAACAGUGGUUCAGGUGCCUUAUCUGAUGUUAAUCUUUACUCUCGAGGAAACCUCCAAGCAAGUAGAGGCCAGACUCUUCGACUUCCAGAAGUCACAACUAUUCAGGUCUGGUCCAAUAUUCAUCAAUGCUCAGACAGGACAGUGGCCUCACUCUACCAUCACCUUGGGGGCACGAGACUCCUACUAUGAAUACCUGCUACAGUGGAUCCAAACUGGCCGAACCAAAGAUUAUUUGAGAGAUGACUACAAUGAAAGUGUAUCUGGGAUGGAGCACCACUUAGCAGGAAGGACAGAACCCAGUAAUCUGCUUUUCUUUGGAGAACUUCAUGGCAGUAGCAAAAACUUUGUCAACAAGAUGGAUGAGCUGACCUGUUACCUGCCAGGAACUCUUGCACUUGGUGUUCAUUAUGGAAUGCCAAAACACCACAUGAAGUUAGCAGAACAACUGAUGUACACUUGUACUCUAACAUGGCUUCGCCAACCCACCAAUCUUGCUCCAGAAAUUACUUAUUUCAACACACAGGGAAUAGAAACUCACUGCAGGGUUGAAAAUGGAUAUACAUCAAUAGGCAAUGUGCGAAGUGCUACGGAUACCAAACCAAAAGAUAAGAUGGAGUCAUUUUUUCUUGGGGAGACUUUAAAAUAUCUCUAUCUGUUAUUCAUGGAGAAUCAGAGUGCAUAUAGUGUAGACAAAUGGGUAUUCAACAGUGAAGCUCAUCCAUUGCCAAUAUAUUCUAACUAGUCUCAUACAAGUCACAUCAUAAACACCCAGUAUUUUUAUCUUAUUUAUGCUGCAAAUUAUGGUAAAUGAAUGGUUCUUCUUUAGCCUAUGAAUCAUCACCAAGUAACCUGUGAGACAUCUGUAGGUGUUACUCAGGAUGUUAUCUACAUUCUUGAGGUAGAUACAGUGUCUGAUUGGAUCAAUGCACAUCUCUUUGCCCAAUCUAACCAUGGCAUAGGAAACAUGCUUCAACCCUGUUUUGUUCACUGUUUCAGAAGAUAAUGGGUCAGUCGGUACACCAAGAUGAAUUCUGAACUAGUUCUCUUGACUCAAAUCAGACAAUAUCCUUCACACUUACUUGAAUCGCCCUAUAGUUUACAGUAAGGUGAAUGUAUCAAUCUUCAUGGCAUUACUGUACAGGUUUUGGCUCACACACACACACACGGACAUGCAUGCAUGCACACACAUGCAUGCACUGCACGCACAGAGAGAGAGACCAAAAAUGAAAAGGAAUAAGUUUUUGUCAUUAUUUUCAAAAUUGAUUCCUUAGAAGAAACCAGAUCCAUUCCUGAUGUAAACAUUUGAGCCAUUGUGUGGUAGCAUGCAACCCAUGCAUUUGUGACAUCCCCCACAAAGAUGUUACCCACUGCAUAUAGAAUAUAUUUCAUAAAGAUAAUUUUAUUUACUGUAUCCAUAAAUUAUAAUAUGUUAAUCAAACUUUGUUCAGUAUUCUAUUGUUGUAUUACUCAAGGUACUCUAAACAGUGGCUGGUGAUCGGUUGCAUUUCUCAUUGUUUACUCAAAGUGGUUUUAGCCUCCUUCUCACCUGCUCGUGUGGGGGAGAAGGGGAAUGAGCCUGCUGAUGCUGUGGUAACAGCAGCUGCUUCUCGCCUUAUGGCAUAUCAGUAAUAAGAACUGCCAUCCUCUUGAGUUGGCAAUGUAGGUGGAAUGCUGUCGGAGCAAACAAGCUCCGCAACAUCCACCCAGAUUUAGGUGCCUGGGGGUAUCAGGGAUUGCCAUGCCGUAUUGACCACGUGAGACUGACUCAUGUUUUUUUUAAUGCAGAUUGCCCCCCCCCCCUCCCCAUUGUGAUAACUGUCUGAUCCAAUUGACUGUUCAACACCUCUUGGUGAAGUGCCCCAGUCUCAGAGAUCAUCGUAGUAAGCACCUCUCCCAGUGCCGGGGGGCAGAUGGGUGUUUUUGUCUCUCUUUGGUGCUGGGGGAGUGGGUAGCAUGGGAGGGGAUGUCCUCUCCUUCGUGGAGGAAGCCGGCCUGCUACAAACGCUCUGAGUUUUAUCUAUUAAUGUUUAAAUUGUUUUUACUAAAGCUCUGUGGCAUUUACUAUUUAUAUUUUUACCUUUUGCAUUAUUUGAUUUUAGUUUUCUAAGCCUUUAUUUUAAUUCAACGACAUAUGACCUAAGCUGUUGCGUCACCAGGGAUAUAAUUACCACAAUCAAUCAGUCAAUUUCUCCUGCCUCCAACAUUUCUUGCUUCUUUAAUGUAAGUGCUAUACAUGACAACCUUCAUUGUUUUGAAGAAUUAAUAUUUGUUUAAUGUAUAACAUUCUUAGUAGGCUUUUAACUCUUAGUGAGUACAGUCACAACAUUUAUCUUUAGUAUUUGAGAUAAUUAUAUUGCAAGGAAUAAAGACAAUGAAUCAGAAAUGCUGCUAAUAUGUUCAUUGUACCGCCUGAGGAAGCAACUGUCAUCUAUAGUCACUUGUGCUUAGUUGUCUCCAAGCUAUGGGCUAUAUUUUGUUUGUCGCUUCUUUUCACACGUUUCUUGAUAUAUAAUUGAUUUAUUUUUACAUUCAUAUUUGGUAUAAUAUAGGUAUUUACCCCUUGAUUUUAAUUUUAUGGUUCAAUUAUUGUAAUACUGUAUCGUUUUCCAUUAAUAUCAAUAAUCAUAAAUAAAUUUAUUAAUAACCGUAAAAGGCACAAUAAUUUGUUUAUAGUUCUGGCAAAGGCAGUCGGGAGUUUAUGUUCUGCCUUCCUACACAGAUAUGAUGAGGUUCAUUGUCCCUUGAAUUAUGGGAUAUUGAUGUUUUGUUGUAUAAUGGUUUGUAUGAAUAUUAACCCUGAGAAGCCCGGGCUUCGUAAGACGUGCUGAACCCUCCACAUGGGCAUAUUUCGGUAUUAAAAACUAAAAUAAUACAAAAAUUAAUAAAUCCAAUGUCACCUUAUAAAUGGGUUAAUCGAUAUAAGAAAAAUAUCAGAUGAAUGUACUUAGAUUCAACUUUCAUUGCAGCAUGGUUGAAUAGUUGUCUGAAGUGUUGAUGAGCAGUGUGGAGUGAUUCCUGCGUUUGAGGACAGACGGUUCGACACAGCACUGACCCACAUUGUGUUCACAGAAGAGGGUAUUAGAAAUAAACUGUCCAGGCUAAAGGUCCAUAAGAGUCCUGGACCUGACA